UCUUCUCGGAUGGUGAACUCUGCGCUGGCUGCGCAGCCUCUGCCCCCUUCUCCUGGCACUGCCAAGCCAGAUCCAAGGCAGCAGAUUGUUGAAGGAUGAUCCACCAAGCAGGGAGUGCCUGACCCCCCUCUGCUGAGGAAUAUGCCCGGAGUGGGGAAGCUUUGCUUGUAAAGAUAAGAUCACCUGCCUGGACUUUGCUAUGUUUGUCUACCUGGGACUCUACCUGCACACUCUUCUCUGCUCUGCCUUGGCGCACACUAUACCAGAAGCAGACCAAACCAGCUUUGUUCCAGAUUCAGAAGGCGACCUUCUUUUCUUACUGGACAGCUCAGGGAGUGUCACCUACGAUGAGUUUGCCAAUGUCAAAACGUUUAUUGGGGACCUCUUGCAGCCCUUCAAGUUUGGACCACAGGAUGUGCAAGCUAGCGUUGUGCAGAUCAGCACAGAUCCCACUUUGGAAUUCCCACUUAACCGUUACACAUCCAGCCAGGAUGUCCAAAAGGCCAUCCAGAACAUACGACAACAGAUGGGCGACACCAACACGGGCAAAGCUCUGGAUUAUGUGAAAGAGCAGCUGUAUGCGGAGAAGUUUGGCUCCAGGACUGAUGUUCCCAAAGUCUUAGUGUGGAUGACUGACGGAUUGUCCACGGAUGACAUCUCUCAGUCCAUGCAGCUUCUCAAGAACUUGGGAGUUACAGUAUUUAUUGUUUGCACAACGGGUCGAGGAAAUUUCAAAGAACUGUCUGCAGCAGCCAGUCAACCAGAUGAGAAAUACCUUAAGUUUGUAGAUAGUGAUGACCUUGGUAUCAUUACAAAGGAGCUACGGGACUCUAUUAUUGAACUGAUUCAAGCAAAGAGACUACAUGCAAUGGAUAUAACAACUACAGGUUUUCGGCUGAUAUGGCCAAGACUCCUUUCCAGAAACACAGAGCAUUAUGUAUUAGAAUAUGCCCCAGUAGCCUAUCCGGGGCAGAAGAUGCAGCAGAAAUUGCCUGGAGAUCAGACAAGCUUGGUGUUAAAUGGUCUAAUUCCAAACACAACCUAUCAGGUGACGCUUUACCCCGAAUCAAAUGUGGAUUAUGUCAGGACUCAGUCCAUCCAAGUCUCCACUCUUCAUGAAUUAAUAGAAAAAAGAAAACUAGAAGCCGAUGACGUAACAACCACAGGAUUUCGCUUGACAUGGUCGAGGUUGUCUGGAGAUACGGGGAGCUAUGUACUGGAGUACUCAAUUGUAUCUGAUCCAAGAACACAGCUCCAGAAAACUUUAUUUGAAGAUGAGACCAGUGUGGUACUUAGUCAUUUAUUACCAAACACAACCUACCAGGUGACGCUCAGCCCAGGUUCCAAAGACAAAUCUGCCCAGCCUGAAAAAAUCUUUGUCACCACCCUUCCAGAUCUCAUCCCCGCAAGAAAUCUGAAGGUUCUGAAUAUCACAAUGACAAGUUUUAAUGUAACAUGGUCAAAGUUAGUGGGCGAUACUGGACGUUAUUUUUUGGAUUACGCACCGCUAUCUGAUCCAAGGAGGAAGUUACGGAAGACUUUCUAUGGGAAUCAGACAAAUGUAAUGCUCAGCAGCCUAAUGCCAAAUGCCACAUAUCAGAUCACAUUCAUCCCUGAAUCCAGUUUGACGUAUAUGCAGUCACAGACUCUCCAGGUCACCACCCUCCCAGAUCUGAUCACCUCAAGAAAUUUGAAGGUUUUGAAUGUAACAUCAACAAGUUUUAUUCUGACCUGGUUGGCACUGCCAGGGGACACAGGGAGGUAUACCGUAAAUUAUGUGCCAGUUUCUAAACCCGCAGUCAUAUCACAGAUGUUUCUAUACAGAGAGACCAGUGCGGUCAUCAGAGACUUAGCACCAAACACCUCCUAUGAAGUCACAUUUAUCCCUGUGUCCAAUGUGCAGUUUAGACAAUCACAGACUCUCCUGGUUUCCACUCUUCCAGGACUCAUCCAAACUAGAAAAUUCGAGGCUGUUGAUGUAACAGCUACAAGCCUACGUUUGGUCUGGUCACAGUUGCCUGGAGAUGGGGAACUUUACACUCUAGAGUAUUUCCCAAUUUCUGAUCCAAGGUUGACACAAACACAGAAGAUUUUAUAUGGCGUUGAGACUAGUGUGAUGGUUGGCGGUCUACUGUCAAAUACUACUUACCAGAUCACACUCUAUCCCCAGUACAGUGUCCAACAUGCUCAACCUGAAGUCAUCAUGGUGUCCACUAAAAUAGACCCGGUCCAUGAAAGAAAUCUACAAGUAAAGGACAUAACCUCGACUAGUUUUUCGGUAACAUGGUCAAGGCUGCCAGGGGAUUCAGGAAGUUAUACUGUAGAAUAUGCACCGGCAUCCGAUCUAAGGGGAAUGUUUCGAAAGACAUUGUCAGAAAAUGAGGACAGAGUUCUGAUCGAUGGCUUAACCCCAGAUAACACCUACAGAGUCACGCUUAUCCCAGAAUCCAAUGCACCAGACAUACGGGAUGUAACAAUCCAGGUCUCCACUCUCCCAGAUAUUAUCCUAGCAAGAAACCUCCAUAUAAAGAAUAAAACAUCGACUAGUUUCCAGCUGGCCUGGUCGCGAUUAUCUGGGGAUACAGGAAACUAUGUCAUAGAGUAUGCACCAGCGACAGAUCUAGGGAAGAAGGUGCAGAAAACAUUAUACGGAGAUUUGACUAGUGUGGUGUUUAGCAGUUUGACUCCAAGCACCACCUACGAAGUGACCUUCACCCCUCAAUCCAGAGAGUCCAGUGCCCAAUCACAGACUAUGAAGGUCACCACACUUGCAGAAUUGAUUCAAAAGAGAAAUCUUCAUGGUUGGGACAUAUCAAUGUCGGGUUUCCGACUCACCUGGUCAAGGCUUACAACAGACAGGGGCCGAUAUGUUCUGGAGUAUGGUCUGGUAUCAGAUCCACGGAAGAAGCUGAGGAAGAUGUUGACUGGUGAUGAGACCACUGUGCUGAUUGGCAAUCUAAACCCAGACACCAAAUAUCAGGCUAUGCUGUAUUCUGAAGCCAAUGUUCAAUAUGUCCCUCCGCAGUCCAUCCAGAUUGCAACCCUCCCAGAACAACUUGGUCCGGCUCACAUUUUGAUAUCUGACCCCACACCACACAGUUUCCGGGUAAGCUGGGGCCCUCAUCUGGACAGUGUCAUUGGCUAUGAAAUCCAGUAUGGACCACUACCCAGCAAUUCUGUGCAGAAAGUCCAGGUGGACAGCCGAUUCAACAGUACCGUUAUAGAAGGCUUAAACUCCAAUACCACAUACUUAGUCACAGUGUCGGCCAUAUUUAAAACUGGUGGGGAAAAGGCCUUGUCUGCCAUGGCCUGCACAGAGAUCAGUGGCACUAAAGUGAAGUACCUGCGCAUUGAGGACCUGCAGUCCAACAGCCUAAGGGCCAUUUGGGGCUCUGCAGAUGGAAAUGUACAGGGCUACAAGAUAAGGUGUCGUAGACAAGCCGGUCGCUUGUCUGCAAUUAGUGUGGCUCCUGAGACUCACAGUGUACAGUUAACAGACCUGUCUGAAGGGACCACCGCUAAGAUCUGUGUUAAGCCGGUAUAUAAGAAUGGUGCUGGAAAAAACCUGUGCAAGAAGGUGCAAAUGCAUCCAAGAACGCCUGCAAACAGAUACUCAAGAAGAGCACAAUGAGCACGAAAGUCUUGGAAGUAUAAGGUAGCCUCAUGUAUGUUUACAAAUCGGACCUUGAUGUUUAAGAGGAAGAGUGGACGAGCUUAAGCAGUCUUCUGUACAAUGGAUGAUCCCAUUGGUCAAUGAUAUAUCAUGUGACCACCCUAAACCUGUGCUUUUUAUUCAUAACCACUUUGAAAACUGUUUCUAACACAAUCAUUUCAUCUUCAUACAACAUCCAGGAAAGGAGACAUGUUAUCCUGAGCGAAGAUUAUUAACAGGGGGAUAAAAAUGGACUUCCUGUUUGAAAAUGGGUCAAAUAUGGCUGAUAACAUUGUGCUUCUUCAGCAAGCAACCAUGAUAAAUGUUGUAUUGAUGUAAAUAUCAGCGAAUAAGGAGACAAUCUGUUACGGAAAUGGUAUCUUCUCUGCACAGGGAAUUGCUAACAAGGUUGGAAGAAAAGACUAUGCUUGCAGAAUGUGCAGGAACAACUUCACUGGACGCAUACGUAAUAAGUUUAGGCUUUUUUAAAGAGU